GAAACAUCUGAUGAAAUGACAGAACACAAUUUUCGUUUUCCCAUUCGCUUGCCGUGGACAGUGUACAAUACAAAUUCUGUUUAUUUUAAUUUCACAACGUGAUUUUUUAAGCAAAUUAUUUAUAAAUUAUAGAACAAUGCUUAAGGUAUCGAGUCGAUGUUUUGGGCAUUCAGCAGCGCGUUUGGUUCAAAAACGUGCCUGUCAACUAACUGAUGAGAUAAUUCGAGUUGAUCACGCUGGUGAAUUGGGUGCCGAUCGGAUAUAUGCCGGACAAAUGGCAGUCCUCGGCAAUAGGCCGGUGGGUAAGACAAUAGCCCACAUGUGGGAACAAGAGAAACACCAUCGCAGUGAGUUCGAAAAAUUAAUACGAGAAUAUCGAGUUCGACCGACAGUUAUGACCCCAAUUUGGAAUGUUGCUGGUUUCAUGCUGGGUGCAGGAACUGCACUUCUCGGGGAGAAAGCCGCAAUGGCCUGUACUGUAGCUGUAGAGACAGUCAUUGUUGAGCAUUACAACGAUCAACUCCGGCAAUUAAUGGAGAUACCCAAUGUUGACAAGGAACUACUUAAUACCAUAACAAAGUUCAGAGAUGAAGAGCAAGAGCACCAUGACAUCGGCAUUGAUUCUGGAGCCGAGCAAGCACCCUUCUAUAAGGCACUCACCGAAGUUAUAAAAUUGGGUUGCAAGACAGCUAUAAGUAUCUCCAAGAAAAUAUAAGGUGCAAUGGGAUUUUUAUUUAAAUUAACUCUUCUUAUUUUAUAACUGUCGAUAAGUCAAAACAGUUGCUUUUACUGUGUUUUAUACCAUUAAAUAUAUUUGUAUGAAUUUA